AUGAAGGGUGUAGCUAGGAUAAAACGAUUCCUGCGCCGACCACGAGCCGUAACCAAAGAUCAGGACAUCACACCCCAGCGACCAUCAAAAAAGGCCUUCCCAGCCGGUCUCAAACUUCUUUACAGCCCAAAUGACGGGGCAAUAGAUAUUGUCUUUGUCCAUGGCCUAACCGGUGAUCGUGAAGCGACAUGGACCGCCCGUGGAGCGACCGAACCUUGGCCCAAAACCCUCCUCCCAACCAUGCUUCCGACAGCCCGCGUCCUUACUUUCGGAUACGACGCACAACGACCGGAACCACAUCUACACAAUAUUCUUCGUUCCACCCUCGGUAUUAUCUUUCUCGGUACACCGCACCACGGAGCUGGUCUUGCUAAAUGGGCCGAAGUCGUUUCCCGAUCAAUCGGCCUCGUCAAGCAGACGAAUCCCGAUAUCCUUGAGGUUCUUAGACGCGAUUCUGAAGUACUUGCGCGUAUUCAAGACGGCUUUCACACCAUGGUCAAGGCACGAAAUCUGGUAGAACCGCCGCCGAUUGAGGUCACUUGCUUCUACGAGGAACUACCUGUGCUUGGAUUUGGUUUAGUUGUGCCACAAGAUUCGGCCAUCCUGCCGGGUUACAUCCCCAUUGGAAUCCACAGCAACCAUAUGGAUAUGACGAAGUUCGCCAAUGUCGAUGACCCUGGAUUUGUGGCUGUUUGUGGAGAGCUGCGUCGGUGGAUUAGAGGAACUAAUGCACACAAGAAACGCCAAACGAAUCCGUCACUCGUUGAGCAGCCAAGUCUUGCAGCCGGCCAGUACGGUGAUAAUAAUCGCCAGUAUAAUCAGUUCGGUGAAGGGGCGCAGAAGAUCGUCGACGGCCAUUAUUUUGAAGCGCAUGGAAAUCAGAAUUUCGGUAUGGUGCCGCCCAAGGAGUCUUCAUAA